AUGUCCCAGGUCAGGGCACAGCAAGGCCCGCUUUCGGAGAUCGACAACACGCCGCGCGUAAGCCAAACUGAGGCCAUACGGACGAUAGAGACCUCUGCGCUCUGCUCACAGUGUGGCACUCGUACACUUGCGCCGGGCUCGUCUAAAUUUUGCCAACCAUGCUGCACAAAAGAUCAGAUGCGCAAGGAUGGGCGUCCGUACAGCGAGAUAGCUCGGGUGUGGAUGCUGAGUACGAUGGAAUACGAGAAGGACGUGGAAGCUGAGUUUUUGAAGAGGGAGUCUCUGACAAGAGUGAAGGCGGGGUCUAUCGACGACUCGUCCAUUGUCUCGUCGAACAAGCCAGCUCUUCAGAAAGGCUCGGACGAACCAACAUGUUCGGGGUGCUUUGGUCGCAUGCUCGUGCCCAAGCCCGGCGGCAAAUGGAUUCGCACGAAGUUAGACGCUUGUGGGAAGGGAGAAAUACCUCGCGCACCAGGCAGCUAUGCCACUCAAGCCUCGGAGGUUGUACUGGGGAAGAGGAAGGCCGAGGCCAUGGACGAGCCGCCAACCGCAAUAACGCUUAGCAAAUGCUGCACAGAAUAUCAGACUUGGUCGGCAAUGUACGAGGUGCUUACCGAAAGUCUCAGAGACUUCUACAAGGGCAGCAAGCUGUCGAAAGCCUCUACGCCAUACAUCUACUUCCACGGCGCGUAUUCCAUCGUUGCUGACUCGUCAGUAUCAAACAAGACGCGAUCGGCACUCGUUUCUCAAGAGCUCUGA